GCAGCCCUGCUGCCCACUCCUCUGGCCUGGACCCAUCACAGGGCAGCGGAGAGAGUCUGGGCUGGGCUGGGCUGGGCUGGGUUGGGAUGAGAAGGGGCAGGGAGGCUGCUACCACUGGCCACAAAGGGGUGAUUGGGAGAAGGAUCUGACAGAAAUCAAGGGGCUCUGGACUUUGUGGUCGUCUCCGGGCACCCAGGCAAAGCUGCAGGGCUCUGAGGCAGCAGGGGUUCCCUGAGGUCUUCAGGCAGCUGGGGUGAGGUUCCUGGAAAAGGCCCCUCCCAGGCCUUCUCUACCUGGCCCGGGGCUCAGUAAUGGUGCACCCCGGAAAUGCACAGGAUCUGUCUUGCUGUGAGUAGGCUUGCUGUGAGCAGGCCAAAGUUUGUGGCAGUGUCCAGAUGGCCAGCUGGAGACUUCAGACUCUGUGUCUGGGCGCUGAGCUACUCUAGGUCUGCCGGCAGGCCGGGUGGGAGCUGCAGACAUGGCCCAGCCUCUUGCCUUUGUCCUCAAUGUCCCCGGGACCCCAGAGGACCAAGAGAACUCAGCCCCUAUGAUGAGAGCGAGGUGCAUGACUCCUUCCACCAGCUCAUCCAGGAGCAGAGCCAGUGGGCAUCGGAGGAGGGGGUAGAACUGCAGGAGAGGAGCCAGCACCCCUCAGGCAGUGACCAGCAGCCCCUCCUAGAGCCUGAGGGUGCCCCUGACUUCAGCUCGGCCACUCUCCGCAUCUUGGCCUCCAUGCCCAGUCGCACCAUCGGCCGCAGCCGUGGCGCCAUCAUCUCCCAGUACUAUGACCGCACAGUGAAGCUGCGGCGCUGGGCCAGCCGCCCCCAGCUAGGCGAUGUGGGCCGGUCUGCUCGGCCCAGCCUCCGCAUGUAUGACCUGGAGCUGGACCCCAUGGCCCGCGAGGAGGAGGAGAAGCGGAAACUCCUGGUGAAGGAGCUGCAGGGUCUGACGCUAGCCCAGCGAGAGCACAUGCUCCGGGGGAUGCCUCUGAGCUUGGCUGAGAAGCGCUACCUGCGAGAGGAGACCCUGCCCCCCCUGGGGAAGCAGAGAGUCCGCCAGACCCGGCCUGGGCAUUCCUCCUGCUGCAGCUGCCUCCGGGAAGCCUGCAUCCUGGCCUCACGCACCCUGGGGCUGGGGCAGAUGGAGGGUCUGCACUUGCUGACCCCGUGGCGCUACGCCCUGAAGAGGAUCGGCGGCCAGUUCGGCUCCAGCGUGCUGUCCUACUUCCUCUUCCUCAAGACUCUGCUGGCCUUCAAUGCCCUCCUGCUGGUGCCACUGCUGGCCUUCAUUGUGGCUGUGCAGGCUGCCUUCCCACCCGACCCACCAGGCCCCCUGCCCACCUUCACGGGCCUGGAGCUGCUCACAGGCGGGGGCCGCUUCACCUACACUGUUAUGUACUACGGCUACUACAGCAACACCACACUGAACCAGCCCUGUGCUUCCUUACCUGAGGGGGCCCCGUGCAGCUCUGGGGCGCGAGGCCUGCCCUACAACAUGCCUCUGGCGUACCUCUUCACCAUUGGGGUCGCCUUCUUCAUCACCUGCAUCACGCUGGUGUACAGGUACAUGUCCCACUCUUUUGGAGAGAGCUAUCGGGUGGGCAGCACCUUGGGUGUCCAUGCCAUCACUGUUUUCUGCUCCUGGGACUACAAGGUGACUCAGAAGUGGGCCUCCCGCCUCCAGCAGGACAACAUCCGGACUCACCUCAAGGAGCUACUGGCCGAGUGGCAGCUGCGACAGCGACCCCGGAGUGUGUGCGGGCGUCUGCGGCAGGUGGCGGUGCUGGGCCUGGUGUGGCUGCUGUGCUUGGGCAUCACACUGGGCUGCACCGUGGCCGUCUACACCUUCUCCGAGUUCAUGACAGAGAGCCCCAUGUCUGCUGAGCGAGAGGGGUCGCUACUGGUCCUGCCCUUGGUGGUCUGCCUCCUCAACUUGGGGGCCCCCUACCUGUACCGCUGCCUGGCCUCCCUGGAGCGGCAUGACUCCCCAGUGCUGGAGGUGUAUGUGGCCAUCUGCAGAAACCUCAUUCUCAAGAUGGUCAUCCUGGGCAUCCUCUGCUACCACUGGCUGGGCCGCAGGGUGAACACCCUGGGGGGUCAGUGCUGGGAGGACUUUGUGGGUCAGGAGCUGUACCGGCUCAUGGUGAUGGACUUCAUCUUCACGUUGCUGGACACGGUGUUUGGAGAGCUGGUGUGGAGGCUCUUGUCUGAGAAGAAGCUUAAGAGGGGGAAGCCUGAGUUUGACAUUGCCCGGAAUGUCCUGGAGCUGAUUUAUGGGCAGACCCUGACCUGGCUGGGGGUGCUCUUCUCACCCCUCCUUCCUGCCCUGCAGAUCCUCAAACUGUUACUCUUUUUCUACAUUAAGAAGAGGAGCCUGAUGGCCAACUGCCGCGCUCCGAGCAGACCCUGGCUGGCAUCGCACAUGAGCACUGUCUUCAUCUCACUGCUCUGCUUCCCCUCCUUCCUGGGCGCCGCGGUCUUCCUCUGCUACGCCAUCUGGCAGGUGAAGCCCUCCAGUACCUGUGGCCCCUUCCGCACCCUGGACACCAUGUAUGAGGCGGGCAGGAUCUGGGUGCGCCACCUGGAGGCGGCGGGCCCCGGCGUGUCCUGGCUGCCCUGGGUCCACCGGAACCUGGUGGAGAACACCUUCCCCAUCUACCUGGUGUCUGCGUUGCUGGUGGCUGUGAUUUACCUCAACAUCCAGGUGGUGAAAGGCCAGCGCACCGUCAUCUCCCUCCUCAAGGAGCAGAUCAGCAAUGAGGGGGAGGACAAAAUCUUCUUAAUCAACAAGCUUCACUCCGUUUAUGAGAAGAAGGAGAGGAGCAGGUCCCUCUGAUUCUCCCAGGCGCCUCCUGUGACGGACGUGGCAGAGAACUGUUGCAGUUGCCCUUCGGGGUUUCUCCUUGGGAAGCUUUGCAACCAGGACAAACAGCAGGACCAGAACUGAGGCCACCUAAGUGCCCCCCCCCCCCAGAUGACCUGGAUGCCUGGUAUGACAGCGACUGGCUUGGCCCUGCACCUGCUCCCUGUGCUGCCCAGGCCCCUGAGGGCAACACUGGCUCCCUGAGGGCAACACUGAGCACAGCUGAAAAGGCACCAUGGUGUAACCCCUGUGGGUGACUCCCCUCAGACUUACGGAGGGUGCAGGUAGAGGGUGGGUGAGUGGGGCCAAUGCUACCAGUGGAUUCUCCCCUGCCUGGGGUUCUAUUUAUUUUGAUUAAACAUGUUUUACAAGA